AUUAUGUUGUACAACAUAUUAUCGCAAUAUUCUAAGUAUUAGUACAAAGCGACGUAAGAAAUGUUGUAAAGGAACUAUCAAGCGGAUACCUGACAGGUGGCUGAAUUAUGACCCUGUUGGUCGAGAUUUGAGGGGAACCCGCUUUGUUCCAUUCAAGACCCCACUAGAUAAGUCAUUCUUCAAAGGAAAACAUGAUCUGUCCAGGAACGAACACUUUGAUGUGCACCGCAUCGUUUCCUUUGCUCGUCAAGCAGGCAAGACAAUAGGAAUGGUAGUCGACCUGACGAACACCGAUAGGUACUACAACAAAACAGAAUGGAGUGUCUACGGCAUUAAAUAUUUAAAAAUGAAGUGCCCUGGUCAUGAAGUCAACGAACGUGAGGACAUCGUUGAAGAUUUUGUAUCUGCUGUUGAUGAGUUUGUGAAUGACUCUACAAAUGGCGAAAAGCUAAUUGGAGUGCAUUGUACUCACGGGCUAAAUCGUACUGGUUACUUAAUAUGUCGGUAUCUAAUCGACCGAAUGGGAUGGACAGCGGCAAGAGCUAUAUCAGAGUUCGAAUUUUCCCGUGGUCAUCCUAUAGAACGCCCCCAUUAUAAAAGAAGUCUCUAUGAGGCAGAAAAGCGAAUAUCAAAGGUUGGCGAAGUUAUUUUUUCCACAGAUUAUCAAUUAGUUCUUUAA